AUGUCUGAGUUCGAAACAGGCUUAUAUGAGUGCUGUAAAAGUUUCAACAAAAUAUGCUUUUUAUCUUGCUGCCCAUGUGGUCCUGCGUGUAUACAAGCUAAAGCUGUUUCAAUUACCCAAAAUAAUGAACAUUUCUAUGAAGCAUUUGCCUAUAGUAUUUUUCUAUGCUGUAUAGGUUCAGGAUUAAACAGACAACAUAUUAGGGAGUUUUAUGAUAUUGAUGGGAGCUUGCUCGGGGAUAUUUGCUGCCACUUGGCAUGUGAUCCUUGCUCAUCUGCACAAGAGUACAAUGAAGUAAUAAAAAAGUCAAAACCAAGGCGACCGACACUGAAGUCAGCUGUAAAUUUUUUAUUUUAUUAUAACAAAUUAUUUUUUUAUAAAUUUUAUUUUUGAAGAGUGGAUAUUUAUUUCUAAAAAUAUAUACAAGCAUGGCUAAAAUUUAA